AAUAAAAGAUUGUACGGUCGUCCACAAGACAAGCUUCUGCUUCUGCCUAUUAUGAAGCCGAUUCAUCAGCCGCCCUUUCUUCCCACUUUACAACCCAAAUUCCCUCUCAGUUUAAAUAUCCAGAAAACAGACAAGAUCGGAAACCCAUUCAUCCGUCCCUUUUCUUUUCUUUCCUUUCGUUCUUCCGGAGGUUGUUUGAUCCAAUGACCAUGAGAAACAGGAGACUCUGUUUCUGUUUCAACUCAUCUGUUUCGCUCUGUUUGGCCCUCUGCCUCGGCUCCGUUUGGUUGGACUUGGCCCCUCUGUCUCGGGUCUCAGCCCAGACGGACUUGGACCCUGUGCCUCGGGUCUCGGCCCAGACGCCCGCCUUCGCCUGCGAUGUCGAGUCGAACCCGACCUUGAUGGGUUUCCCAUUCUGCAAUGCCAGCCUCGGGGUUCAGGAUAGGGUCGCGGACUUGGUCAAGAGGCUCACCCUGCGGGAGAAGAUCGGUUUCAUGGGGAACGAUUCUGUACCCGUGAGCAGACUCGGGAUACCCAGGUACGUGUGGUGGAACGAGGCUCUACAUGGAAUCACCAAGACUGGCCCCGGUGGCCCCCAAGGUGCCGGAACCACCCGGUUCACCAGCAUAGUGCCGGCAGCAACCAGCUUCCCUCAGGUUAUCCUCACCGCAGCUUCGUUCAAUACCACACUGUUCAAAACCAUCGGAAAGGUGGUUUCAACCGAAGCGCGAGCAAUGCACAAUGUGGGGGUGGCCGGCCUCACGUUUUGGGCCCCAAACGUUAACAUAUUCCGGGACCCAAGAUGGGGAAGAGGGCAAGAGACUCCCGGGGAGGACCCGUUGCUCAGCAGCAAGUACGGGGCUGGUUACGUGAGAGGCCUGCAGCAGAGAGAUGACGGUGAUCCGGACAGGCUCAAGGUCGCUGCCUGCUGCAAGCAUUACACGGCAUACGACUUGGAAGACUGGAAGGGAGUUGACCGAUUCCACUUCAAUGCCAUUGUGACUCAACAAGACAUGGAGGAUACGUUCCAACCAUCUCUGAAGAGCUGCGUUGUUGAUGGGAAUGCCGCUGGACUUAUGUGUUCGUACAACCAAGUUAAUGGCAAGCCUGCCUGCGCAGACCCAGACCUUCUUGACAGAGUUGUUCGGGGCCAAUGGAAACUGAACGGCUACAUCGUUACCGACUGCGAUGCGGUGGACGUGUUAUUCAGCAACCAGCACUACACCAAGACAGCAGCAGAGGCUGCUGCUGCAUCCAUUCGGGCUGGGGUUGACGUGGACUGCGGACCAUUCCUAGGCCGGCACACUCAGGAUGCUGUGACCGCCGGCCUCCUGGACGAGGCUACCAUCGACAAGGCCGUCUCGAACAACUUCGCCACUCUGAUGCGGCUUGGCUUCUUCGACGGCCACCCGAGGAAGCAUCCGCUCUACGGCAAGCUUGGCCCCGCGGAUGUGUGCAAGCCCGAGAACCAGGAGUUUGCCAUUGAGGCUGCAAGGCAGAGCAUUGUGCUGCUCAAGAACGCCGAAGGCACCCUGCCUCUCGCCUUGUCGUCGAUCAAAUCCCUGGCGGUGAUCGGGCCUAACGCUAACGCCACCAAGAGCAUGCUCGGGAACUAUGCAGGCAUUCCGUGCAAGUACGUUACUCCCCUUCAGGGCCUGAAUGCGUAUGCCCCCACCACCUAUGCUCCGGGUUGUCUUAACAACGCGUCCUGCACCACGGUUCAGCUCGAUGACGCAAAGAAACUUGCGGCCUCAGCUGAUGCCACGGUGCUCGUAAUGGGCGUUGAAGGUAAAAAAAUCGAAGGUGAAGGUCGGGACAGGGUCGGCCUCCUUCUCCCGGGGAAGCAGGCCCUCCUGGUAUCAGAGGUCGCGAAUGCGUCCAAAGGACCAGUGAUCCUCGUGAUCAUGUCCGGAGGGGGAGUGGACAUUCAGUUCGCGAAGGAUAACGAUAAGAUCAAGGGCAUUUUGUGGGUGGGUUACCCUGGCGGAGCCGGAGGAGCUGCGAUGGCCGACAUAAUUUUCGGGGCCUACAAUCCUAGUGGAAGACUCCCAAUCACAUGGUACCCGCAAUCAUACGUGGAAAAGGUCCCCAUGACAAACAUGAACAUGAGGCCUGACCCGGCCACGGGCUACCCAGGGCGGACGUAUCGGUUCUACAGCGGCGAUACGGUCUAUUCAUUUGGUGAUGGACUGAGCUACUCGAAGUUCACUUACCACCUGGACAAGGCACCGAAGCUGGUGUCUGUCCCGUCAAAUCGCACUUGCAAAUCAUCGGACAAAGGCAAGUCCGUAUAUGCCGACAAACAGACAUGCCGAAACCUAGGAUUCGACAUCCACUUGCGUGUCAAGAACUUGGGCGAGAUGAGCGGGCACCACUCGGUGCUCUUGUUCAGCAGCCCGCCCUCGGUCCACGGGUCGCCUAGGAAACAGCUGCUGGGCUUCAAGAAGAUCUUUGUCAGGGCCCACGGCGAGACCCCGGUGAGGUUCAGGGUGGACGUGUGCAAGGACCUCAGCGUGGUCGAUGAAUUUGGGAUCCGGAUGAUCGCCCUAGGGAAGUACGUGCUUCGCGUAGGGGACUUGAAAUAUUCGUUGAGCGUGGGGGUUUGAUUUUGUAUAUCUCAUUUAUUGUUCAAAUUUUUUGGGCUUGACCUUUCCUCUACAGCCCCUAUUUGGAUUGGGGGUAAAGGGAGGGGAGGGGAGGGGAGGGGAGGGGAAGGGGAGGGGAAAAAUCCCCCCCGUUUGGUUUUGUAAUUUUAAUGGAGGGGAAAGAAAAUGAGGGAGAAUUAUUAACCUCGAUUCCCCUUCAAACCCCAAUUUUUUUUUCAACCCCGAUAUGCGGUUGAAUGGAGGUGAAAAGAAUAAUUAAAAGUUCAUCCAUUAAAAUUUUUCCAAA